UAAAUUCUAGGACAGGUUGCUUUAUCCAAAUAGGUAGCCCCCGACAAUUUGCUUGAAAUGGCCUUAAGUACCAGAAACUAAUGAAAGGGACGGAUUUAAGCUUCAUGGGAUCCAAUUCUGUGCUUCGAGACGAAGCAAAGAGAUAAAAGAAGGCCGGCAGGUAAAUGCACUUGCAUCUUCUACUUUCUCUCCCGCUCAUGUCUCGUGACAUUGAACCUCUCGUGAAACCAAUAAUUCCACCAUUCCCCUUGGAUGAUUCAUUAUAUUGUCUAAACCCUGAGGAGAUUGCCUUCUUCAGGAGACAGACUGGCAUUCAAGAUGAAGUGGCCCUGAAGACACAUAUAAUUGAUGUGCAAAAGGAGGCAUACAAGGUAGCUCCCUAUGGUUGUAUCCGAGGAUUUGAUUUCCUGCGCACAAACAUGUCUAAACUACAUAAUUACGACCACGUUUUGAAGCGUGGUUCUGAGGGAGCAAUAUUACUCGAUGUCGGUUCUUGUCUUGGUACCGACGUCAGGAAGGCAGUUGAAGAUGGAUUUCCGGCCCAUAACAUCAUCACUUCUGACAUUAAAGUCGCAUUUUCUGAGCUAGGAUACAAACUCUUUAAAUCGAGCUCGGAGUCAAUUUUAUUUAUACCUGGCGACAUAUUUGACCCCGCAUUUCUAUCAAUUUCGCGGCCAGCUAGCUCUGUCCCAGAGGGUGCGAUGCCGGACAUUCAAACGCUGCGGUCAUUAAACGACCUUCAUGGUCGCGUCGGUGUUAUCUACGCUUCCAAGCUAUUUCAUCUAUUCGACGAGGAGAAGCAACUUGAACUUGCUCGCGCCUUGGGAGGCUUGCUAUCCUGCGAAUCUGGCUCCACAAUCUGCGGCAUUCACGUAAUUGCAUCGGAGAAAAGCGUCGUUCGUCACACAGUGCUAGGCAUCGAUAUCUCCUACUUUUGCCAUUCUCAGGAAACUUGGACUAGUUUGUGGGAUGGUGUCGUGUUUGAGAAGGGUCGGGUAAAGGUUGAGACGACAACAUCGACGGUUGACGUGGGCGGCAUUCCUUUUUGUCUUUUACAUUGGUCUGUUACGAGACUGUGAGGGCAGAUUUUGUCCAUUCACAGAAGAGCAUAACCAUUUACAUAAGUACCGACUCGGAUCAGUUCAGGUUACCUUCUACUCACUACUAAGUAGUAGCUACCUAACAAUUGCUAGAAACGACUCACUCGCCCUUGUAGUAAUGACACGUGGUACUAUGCAUAGCCAACUCAUAAGCGCUAGAGUGUUCGCACUUCUCAAG